CCGGGUCUCGCUUGGAGGGAGCGGGCUGCGUGUGCAGCCCAGUGGGGCGAGUCUGUCUUCGCCGCUGCCGCCGGGCUCCCGACGGUCUGGCUCCGCUCGUGCCGAACGCCCCACGCCGUCCGUCCCGUCCGCGCGGAGCCUCUGGUCAGAGCCAGCCCACCAACCAUGGGCGCCCAUCCGGGCAGAGUCCGAGUUGCUAGUCUCUCGCUGCUCCGGGUGCUACCGCUGCUGCUUCUGCUGCUGCCAGCGGCCAGCACCUCCGACGCUGAGCAUCGUCUGUUUGAGCGGCUGUUUGAAGAUUACAAUGAGAUCAUCCGGCCAGUGGCCAAUGUGUCUGACCCUGUGAUCAUCCAGUUUGAGGUGUCCAUGUCUCAGCUGGUGAAAGUGGAUGAAGUAAACCAAAUCAUGGAGACCAACUUGUGGCUCAAGCAAAUCUGGAAUGACUACAAGCUGAAGUGGAACCCCUCCGACUAUGAUGGGGCGGAGUUCAUGCGUGUCCCUGCGCAGAAGAUCUGGAAGCCAGACAUUGUGCUAUAUAACAACGCUGUGGGGGACUUCCAGGUGGACGACAAGACCAAAGCGUUACUCAAGUACACGGGGGAAGUGACCUGGAUCCCCCCGGCCAUCUUUAAGAGCUCGUGCAAAAUCGACGUGACCUACUUCCCAUUUGAUUACCAGAACUGCACCAUGAAGUUCGGCUCGUGGUCCUACGACAAGGCAAAAAUCGACCUGGUCCUGAUCGGCUCCUCCAUGAACCUCAAGGACUACUGGGAGAGCGGCGAGUGGGCCAUCAUCAAAGCCCCCGGCUACAAACACGACAUCAAGUACAACUGCUGCGAGGAGAUCUACCCGGACAUCACGUACUCACUGUACAUCCGGCGCCUGCCUCUGUUCUACACCAUCAACCUCAUCAUCCCCUGCCUGCUCAUCUCCUUCCUGACCGUGCUUGUCUUCUACCUGCCCUCCGACUGCGGCGAGAAGGUGACCCUCUGCAUCUCGGUCCUCCUCUCCUUGACCGUGUUUCUCCUGGUGAUCACCGAGACCAUCCCGUCCACGUCACUGGUGAUCCCCCUGAUCGGCGAGUAUCUCCUGUUCACCAUGAUUUUUGUAACCCUGUCCAUCGUCAUCACUGUGUUCGUGCUCAACGUGCACUACAGGACCCCAACCACGCACACGAUGCCCACAUGGGUGAAGACUGUAUUCCUGGACCUGCUCCCCAGGGUCAUGUUCAUGACCAGGCCAGUGAGCACCGAGGGUAACGCUCCGAAGCCCAGACCCUUCCAUAGCGCUGAGCUCUCAAACCUGAACUGCUUCAACCGUACCGAGUCCAAGGGCUGCAAGGAAGGCUACCCCUGUCAGGACGGGCUGUGUGGCUACUGCCACCACCGCCGGGUAAAAAUCUCAAAUUUCAGUGCCAACCUCACGAGGAGCUCCAGUUCUGAAUCUGUUGACGCCGUGCUGUCCCUCUCUGCGCUGUCGCCGGAAAUUAAAGAAGCUAUCCAAAGUGUCAGGUACAUUGCUGAAAAUAUGAAAGCGCAAAAUGAAGCCAAAGAGAUUCAAGACGAUUGGAAGUAUGUUGCCAUGGUGAUUGAUCGUAUUUUCCUGUGGGUUUUCAUCCUGGUGUGCAUUUUAGGGACAGCAGGAUUGUUUCUGCAACCCCUGAUGGCCAGGGAUGAUGCAUAAGCACUAAGCUCAGCACAUAAGCCUGAGCUUACUUAUGUGUGUGUUGGGGGAAGGAGGCUCUUUUUAAUUGUAUUUUUUAUUGGGGUAAAAUACACUUAGCAUAAAGUUUAUCAUCUUAACCAUGCUUAAGUGCACAGUUCAGUGCUAUUCAAUACAUUCACCUUGUUGUGUAACCAUGAUCCCCAUCCAUCCCCGUAACUCUUUCAUUUUGUAAAACUGAAACUCUAGACCAAUUAAAGUAACUCACCAUUCUCCCCUCCCUGCCAGCAACCACUAUUAUACUUUGUCUUUCUGAUUUUGACGAUUCUAAGUACCACAUACAGGUGAGAUCAUACAGUAUUUGUCUUUAUGUGACUGGCCUAGUUCAC